GUGGUGAUUCUGGUAGCUUCUGGUACCACCUUAGCGAUGGUCAAAACAGCAAUGCCAACCGAAUGCAGUUCCUUGUCACCGCCCGGAAACUGGUCCUCUCGGUCGUCAACAAUAAACCGCUCCAGGUAUACCCAGAGCAGAUACAGAGGAUCACCACGGACCACCUUCUGAGCCGAACCAACAAUCCAAACCAGACCAAGGACAUUACUUACCACGUGUCGGUAAAACCAGAAAAAGGUCGGCUCAUCACUAGGAUUAACCACCGUGUGGUACCGGUCGUCUCUUUCACCCAGAAAGACAUUAAUGAAGGGCAGAUUUAUUACCAGCAUGAAAGCAUCAGGCUAUCCAUCAUUGAGGACACAGACAAAUUUGUUUUUGAAGUGAACACAGUUUAUGCAGAGACUGUUAAGAACCAGGUGUUUAACAUUGCGAUACCCUACAGCAGUCAGAGCAACCGCGGCAAAAUCCGGGUACAGAAACUGACAUUGGCUGAAGGGGAUCAAAAAAUUCUGUCCAACUCAAACCUGAAUAUUUCCACUUACGUGAGUCAGUUGAAAGCUUCCGGUAAGAAUGUGUCUGCUAUGUACUCCUUAGUGACAGUUCCUAAACACGGCACUUUGACCUGGAGAGGAGGAAUUGCUCUGAGAGAAUUCAGCAACUUUACCCAGGAGAACAUCAACUUGAACAGAAUUGUCUACCGCCAUGAUGAUUCAGAGAGCAGGAAUGAUAGUUUCAGUUUUCUAGUGUAUUUGGACAUGAAAUAUGGAUCAAGUGAAGAAAUCCAGAUUCUGGAAGAAACCUUUCCCAUUGAGAUUAACCCAGUGAAUGAUGAACCAUUUUAUUUUGUACCAGACAAUCCAGUGCUAGAGGUUACAGAGGGAGCUAGUACGGUUGUCGAUGCUAGGGUUCUAAAGAUGGUAGAUAAAGACUCUCCACCCGAAAGACUCUGGUAUGAAGUCCAAACUCAACCAAACAAUGGGAUUUUAUCCUUCCAAGCUGACCCUCAGAGAUUAAUUAAAACCUUCACACAGAAAGAUGUAGAUGAUGGUGAUAUCAUUUUCACUCAGAAAGGACCACCCCUUCCAUCUUUCCUGGAACUAAAAAUAACUGAUGGGAAAUUCCCCAGGAAGUCCGUGACUGUAGCAGUGAGUGUUGUGUCCUUGACCUUGGAAAUCAUUACCAAUGCAACAAUUAACAUUCCUCAAGCUUCGACGUCUGUGUACAUUACCAGAAGUCAGCUAGAUAUUAGAACCAAUGGAGAGAGGGAGAAAAUAGUGUACACCAUUACCAGGCCUCCAACUCAUGGACAAAUCUAUCUCAAAACCUAUCCGGUGACCACAUUUACACAACUGGAUAUUGAUAAUGACCACGAAGUCAUGUACGUCCAGAAUGAUCUCAACUUCCCAAAUGACAGAUUUUUCUGUGACAUUUCCUACCAAGGAUCCGAUUUCAUAAUAAGAAACAAACUGAUCUCAGUAUCUGUCAAACCAUUUGUCAAACAAAAACCAGUACCACUAUCCAAAGGGAACCAAACAGCUAUAACAUUGCAAAGUCUUGAUGCAAGGGGACUAGCUAAUGUAACAGGAAGUAUUCCACAUUAUAAAAUUAUACACCAACCAAAAUAUGGCAUCAUAGUAAGUGUUGUUCGUAGAAAGAGAGAUGUACAGUCAGGCUACAUGCCAGUGGAGGAGUUUACCCACAGAGACAUUGAAAACAGAAAAAUAUUCUAUAUUUUCAGCCGACCUGUUCGUGGACAAUCAGAAGAUAGGAUGACCUACUUGCUGACGGCCAGAGGGGUCCAGCCUGCUCUGGGUCAACUAGUGUUUAACCUUCCACACAGUAGUGGAAUCAAUGGUUCAAAUGUGGAUGGUGUUGGAACUCGUGAAGUAGUGAGCCCUAGUGUUAGAAAUGAUUUUGUUCUCAUUCUAGCCAUCCUCAUUCCUCUGUGCGUGAUCGUAAUUUUAGGAGUGAUUAUAGUGUAUCUUUUGUGGAGAAAGCGAAGAUAUCAUAAUUAUACUCCCCCUUCAGACAUGCAUAAAAACCGGUUACGACCAGAAAUAUCUGGUCCUAUUCCGCUAAAUCAACCACAUGUUCACAUUGAACCCAACGAAAAUGCAUCCGAUGAUGAGCAUUCUUUAGUGUAUGAACACCACAAUUACUACAAUGUUCCCGUAGUAAGAAGGAAUGUCUCCGAGGACAGUAUUUCCGAUUCUCACGAGUACAGUAAUGUCGGAGCAACUUCCCAGAACCAAACAGAGGUUAGUGCUACAGUACCAGAGUGCAAGGUCACACCCUUGGGUGACCUCAAUUUAAGGGAUUCCAUCGUGUCUCGAUCGAGUGUGGACUUGUUUGAUUGGUCGGUGAUGGAUGAUCCGGAACUUUUACAGUAUUGUCGAACCUCGGCUCCUGUGUUGAAGGAUAGUCAAUACUGGGUCUAG